CAUAUGACGUCCUCCCAUUCUAACCGUGCUUGCACAGCUCCAAGAGCGCACAGCGUGGCAAUCAGCGGUGCGCUGUGUCCAAUCACAGCUGAUCACAGAUCAUCAGAGCACUGAUGAUCAGUGUGCCCUGAUGAUCUGUGUAGCCCCAGCAGCGCCACCUGUCUGUGUCCAUCAGUGCCAGAUUUCAGUGCUCAUCCAUGCCACCUGCCAGUGCCCAUCAGUGCCACAUUUCAUUGCCCAUCAGUGCCACAUCAAUGCCUCAUAUCAUUGCCCAUAUGAGCAGCCUUUCAGUGUCAGCCAUCAGUGCCGGUUAGUGCCACCUAUCAAUGCCAGUCAGUGCCACCUAUCA